UUUCGUAUACAUUGUUUGUCUUCAGGAAGGCAGUGAGUUGCUGAGCAACAGCCUUCUCUAAAAUUUUUGAGAGAAUUUGAUGAUUGAGUAUCUUUGGCACUGCAGGAUCAUUGACUACAAAACACUCAGCUCUGUUGUGACACAACUGGACAAAGUCCAACCUUUGAUUAAGGAUCUUGAAAAACUGGGUGGUUUUGUGAUCAACAAGCCAGAAGACGAACAAAUAACUGGCCAAGUGGAAGUGGCUCAAGUGUUACCCCCAGCUACAGAUGAAAAUAUGGAUGAAGAAUCAGACAAGGAACAUGACCAGUCGGCAUUGUACCAACCGCCAUUGAACCAGUCAUGGGACACCAAACUGAGAAAGGGGACGCAAAGCAGUGGUUUAUACCAAAAGCACCCUCUGGAUUGUGAUCUGCUGGCUGGAUUUGGGAAAUUUCUCCGUGACGACAACAACAUUCCCAAUUUCAAACAGGAGGUUGCAAAUGUGUCAAGGUUUUUGUUUUACAUGGACUCAAACAAACCAUCGCUGGAUUUUGUUAAUAACUUGGAAAAAAGCAGAUCAUUUUUUACCAAGCUUGCAGACAUUGGACAGAAGAAGCAAACCAUUGCCAACUACAUGAAGAAUCUGAAGAGAUUUCUUCAGUACAUCAUUGCCAUUACAAGCCUUAUUCAGACAGACAGAGCCUUGUUUGAGCAAUGCAAGCAUUUCCUCCUAUGCUUGAAUGAACUGCAGAAGUCCAUGAGCAAGCAGGUGUCUAAGGAAAUUACUGGGAAAAGAUACACACAGAUGGUGUCAGUUGCGAAGACACCACAUGAAUGUUGGGAACUUUUGAGGGUGGUGAAGAACGAAUUUCUGUGUAUCAUUGGGAAGGCCAUGAAUGAAGAAUCCUUGCUGGAAACUGAAAAACUGCACGUUCUGUACUACCUUGAGUCUCUGCUCAUUCUGAAACAUCUCCAAAGGGCUGGAGUGGUCAAAAACUUGACCGUAAGUUAA